AUGGCAUAUGGCAGUCGGCAUUACCGUAAUCGAAUGAAUUCGUCAUCACCAUUGUCUGACUCAACAGUUUCAAAAACAUCACUACCGUCACUACCAUUUCGUUUACGUUCAAAAACGAAACAGACUAAUAACAAAAAAGCUAAGAAAAUGUUAGCGAAAAAUCAAUCAUCAACUAGUAAUGUUGAAAAUUACCCUCAUCUUUUUAAUACAAAUGUAAAAAAUUUAGAAAAAUUAUUACAGAGUGAAACAACACUAACAGCUAAAUCAUGGCAUUAUGAACAAAAUCCGCAACAACAUUCGGAAGAACAACCAAUAAGGUUAACAAGUCCUGUACUGACUUCAUCAUCAUUCACAACCGCAAUAAUGAUCCCAUCUACACCUAAUUCAUCUAUACAACACCCUCGUAUGAACGACUUUGGUCGAAGUACUGAUCAUUUGUAUACAUCCUCGUCUACUGUAUUAACUGCCAUAUCAAAUACUGAUGGUCAUUACUAUCGACCACUACAACCACGAAAUCUACUCACUUCAAAAGUGAUAGAUCCUUAUACCGCUCAACUAUCAUCAACACCACAAUCAACGAACUCUCUUAUUCGUCCAUCAGUAUUUGCACAAAGAAACAAUUAUCAAAUUAGCUCUCAACAAUCGAAGUUUCAUUCUAUGAACGAAAACGAUUCUAUUCUUCGAACAAAACAGCCAUUAAAUACUCGCACUCAUCAUGCAAUUAAUUAUUCACAAAGUUGUCGUACAUCAAAUAAUCCUGUACGAUUUUAUUUUUCAGAUAUAAACUCACUUCAACCAACUUUUGUUAGAAAAGAACAUCCAAAUGAAAUGUUGAUAAGAAAAGCACAAAUUAGGGAUGACACGGCGAUUUUAUAUUAA